UGGACGAAGGUCAGUGAGAAACACAUAGUAGAGUAGGAAGGAGAGAAGAGGACAAAGAAGAAGAAAAUAGAGGUGUUAAAUGUGGCGCUGUCAUGCUCUAACCACUGGUCGAUGAUGUGAAAAAGCUCCACCCACCUGCUCUCACCUUCACUCUCCACUAUUUGUUGACCUGAGUCCGAUGGCAAAGCAUGACCCGAACGAGCCCCCUCCUCCUUACUACUCUGUUGACGUGCACACCCAGCCCCCCCUCAAGUCCUAUGAGGAGGUGGUAUACGGUGUGGGUCCAAGCCUGACACCCCCCGUCCAUCCACAUUACAUCCCCCAGUAUCCACCACCUGUGGUUGCUCCCCAAGUCACACGGUCGGGCAUACCCCCCAGCAGUAGGAGGAAGAGAUGCUGCAGGAAUAAUGCUCAGUGUUACGGAGGGUCAGGGGGAAUCUUACUGGUGCUCGGUCUGCUGGCACUGGCCAUCUGGCUUGGAGUUCGCUAUGGCACCAGGUAUGGAACAACGACAUUUAUCUACCAUGUGCCUGAUGAGCCCGACAAUGAAACUCCAUCUUUGCCAGAACUUGAUAUCUGCCCCAACACUACUGUCCAAUGUGAUGGCAUAAGAGACUGCCAACUGGGCACUGACGAAAGAACCUGUGUGAGGUUUGACAAGAACAACGGCCUGCAGAUCAAGACAUCUCAAAAUGGCCGCUUCCUACCAGUGUGCCACCAAAACUGGGACCGGAGCUACGCUGACAAGACCUGUGCUCAGCUAGGAUUCAGAGAGUCCUAUGCCACUGGAGCAUUUACACCCACGUCCCAGUCAGCUGGUUUAACAGUGACCAGCAGUUCAUCUUCACUUAUCCAGGGUCAGGUGGAAGUCAGUUCAUCCUGUCCAGACCAGAGGACUGUCUCCCUGCAGUGUGUGGACUGUGGUCGGCAGCAAUCUACGUCCCGCAUCAUUGGGGGCAGCAUAGCCGAGACAGGUCAGUGGCCUUGGCAGUUGUCGCUGCACUACAGAGGAUCCCACGUCUGCGGAGGAGUCCUGAUCUCUCCUGAUUUUGUGCUGACCGCUGCCCACUGCUUCCCAAAAGAAAAACCUUCAAGUCUCUUGCCAGUGAGUUGGAGAGUGUAUGGUGGAGCGGUGAAUCUUCAGAACCUACCUCAGCCCUACCUGGUUAAGAAGAUCAUACUCAAUAACAACUACGACAGCAGGACUAAUGACUUUGAUAUCGCUCUGCUCAAACUCACAUCUCCAGUUGUUUUCAACGACAAAGUCCAGCCAGCUUGUCUGCCAGCUUUUGACCAGCAGUUUCCCCCCGGCACCCAAUGCUGGACCUCAGGUUUUGGCACCACCGAAGCAGGAUCAGGCACUGUCUCCAAUGAUCUGAUGGAAGUGACUGUGGACAUCAUUAGCACACAGACAUGUAACGGCCGCCAAGGGUAUAGAGGCUCCGUGACUCGGAACAUGCUCUGUGCCGGGGACCUGAGCGGAGGCAGAGACUCCUGUCAGGGUGACAGUGGUGGACCUCUGGUGUGUAAGGGAGAGAAACUUUGGUACCUGGUGGGGAUCACCAGCUGGGGAGAAGGCUGUGGUGCAGAAUAUAAGCCUGGCGUUUACACCAAAGUCAGCAGUGUUCUGCCCUGGAUCUACAGUAAUAUGCAGCAAGAGAAGCCGUGAUGUCCCUUUGCUGCCUGCCCUCCCUUCCCCAAAAAACCCUGCACUAUGAAGUAGAGAGAUGGAUUUACACAUAGAAGGAUGAACUGAUGAGAUGAUACUUUAGACAGGAGCAUGAAUGUUUGCUUGCUUGGCGAAGUGGCAGCAUGAUACAAUUCACACCGUGAACACUUGGACUUCUGUCUUGACGGUCUGCAUCAUCCACAUUCAUCCUCUGUUACACAUCUGUCAUGUGUAUUACCUGAGAAAGAAGCAAGCACUCUCAAAAUAAAUCCACUCUACAGGUGCAUGGCCAAAAGCAGCAGAAAAAAAGAAAAGAAGCCAGCACUCACAAAUGUCCUUUUGGUAAAUUUAAUAAAUCGACUUGGGUGGCGUUACCAGAAACACAGACGUUUCGACAGAAAGUCUUCUUCAGUUCACACACUGAAGAAGACUUUCUGUCGAACUGAAGAAAGUCUUCUUCAGUUCACACACUGAAGAAGACUUUCUGUCGAAACGUCGGUGUUUCUGGUAACGCCACCCAAGUCGAUUUAUUAAAUUUACCAAAAGGACAUUUGUGAGUGCUGGCUUCUUUUCUUUUUUUCAUGUGUAUUACCUGAACCUGAUUAUUGAUACACUCCAAUCGAUGCAUUGAACUUCAUUCUUGCAUUCUCGAUUUUAUUCUUCUGCCUCUUGGUGUCUCGGUCAUACAGUAUACUCAUGUUCACCUACAUGUUAAGCAAGCUUUAAAGACGGCUGGCCCUUCUCAUGUGUUCUGUGCCAAUGACACAGUCCACUCUGCUGUGAUCUUCACUGGGAAUGAUGCCCUUUAUGAAUGAUUAUUGAUUGUAGAGGUGUGUUUUGUUUUCCUCAGGGACACAUCUCAGGCUUUAAUGCUCGCUGUUGUUUACCAUAUUAUGACUUUAUGUAUUUGUAAAGAAAACAACUAAGUGUAACUGUCCUGUUGAGCUGGCACUCUGCCUGUGCACCUGAACUGCUUAUACUCACACUGUGAAAUUUCUCAGAAAUUGUUCUUCUGACAUUGAAUGUCAAUGUGUGUGUGUUCGCUGUGUUUCAUAUUUACGUGCAUUGGUCGUUUUGUGUAAGAGAUUUUUUUUUCUAUUUGUCUAAUGUGUGGGAUCACUGAGCAUUAGCAUACUUUAAAUAAAAAUCAGUUCAAAUCCUUA